AUGAGCACAAAAAUACCUAAAGCUAAGAAAUGUGCUGCCUGUCUAAACGACCUCUCAACGGCUGAACAACUUAAAUGCGUUACAUGUGGCCUGAAAUAUCACUUUGAUUGCAUCAAUGCGCCAGGCAAAAAAUUCAAGGAGCUCACCAAUGAGUUCAAAUCCGAAUGGAUGUGUCCUUCCUGUCGCCCCAAACAACUAAGGGGAGACAAUACUAAUACGCCUGUGCGUGCCCCGGCUGGCAUGCCUUUCGAUACAAGUCCAUCGGCCAAUAUCACGCUGAGGCGCACGCAGGCAUCGUCUCAAUCCCAGACACAGGAACUCAUUGCGAUCGAAAACGUCAAGCAACUAAUAAGGGAAGAAUUAGAUAUCUUACUGGUGAAAAUGGAAAAAAACUGGACGAAAAUACUUGAAGAUAAAACUAAAGAAAUGGUUAACGAAAUAAACCAGAUAAAAGAUUCCGUGAAUUUUAUUAAUAACCAAUACGAAGACUUAAAAAACGAGAUACAAGGAAAAUUAACCCAGAUUAAAGAACUAAAAAAGGAAAACGAAACUCUUAAAUCUACAGUUAAAGACCUCAACAGCAGACUAGGUAUAAUGGAGCAACACUCGAGAAUGUGUAACCUGGAGAUACAAUGUUUGCCGGAGCAUAAAGCCGAAAACCUCCCAAACAUCAUUCAACAAAUUGGCAAAGCAACCGGCAGCAGCAUUAUGGACGCCGACAUUCAUAAAUGCACCAGAAUCGCUAAGUUAAAUCCUGAAAAUGCGCGCCCGCGAUCUGUCAUUGUCAAGUUCUCGAGUCCACGUAUCCGGGACACAUUUCUAGCCGGAGUUAUUAAAUUUAACAUGAAAAACAAAGAGGAUAAACUAAACACGAGUCAUGUUGGAAUAGGAGGUGAUAAAAGACCAAUUUAUGUAGUUGAUCACUUAACCCCAGAAUUGAAGAAAAUACACGCACUCGCCAGGUCAACAGCUAAGAAAUUAAACUAUAAGUUUGUAUGGAUAAAGAAUGGACGUGUCUUUCUGAGGAAAUCGGUCGACUCCGAACACAUCGCUACAUGGCUCAACGAUGGGGUUUUAGAUGGAGAGUUUAUCGAUGGCCGCUACAAUGUGUAUCGGAGAGAUAGGGAACAAACAGAUAUUAAUAGGUUAAGGAAUGGAGGUGGCGUCAUGAUUGCAGUCAAUAACAACCUUAAAUCUAAUCGGGUAUCACAUUGGGAGAGCAAAUGCGAAGACCUGUGGGUGACAGUAGAAAUACUCGUUCAAAAUAAGCCAAGCCACUUAGCUAUUUGCUCUGUGUAUCUGCCACCACCCGUUAAAAAAGAUACACUCAAUGAUUUCCUUUCAAAUACCUCCAAAAUUAUCAACACCAACAAACACGUGCUUAUUAUAGGAGAUCUUAAUAUGAGUGGUCUAUCAUGGUCCAAAUUGCCGGAAUUAAACUACUUAAAUCCAUCGUGUAGUUGUUGUCUGGAUUCCACCUUCGUGGACUUUAUUGAAGAACACGAUUUGAAACAAUUUAACUCCAUACCCAACACUAAUAACAGAAUACUUGAUCUGGUCUUAUCGAACAACGCCCAAUUUACAGUCAACAAUACUCCCAACCCCAUCAGCACAGUCGAUAAUCACCAUCCACCUUUACUUAUAAGCCUAAAGCUAGGUAUGAUAUCUAACAUUAAUGAAAAAGUUGUGGAAAAGUAUAAUUUCUAUAAAGCCGAUUAUGAUGCUAUCUCAAAGGAUUUGAACAGCACGCCAUGGUUAGAUCUAUUUCAAAAUUGCGACAGUGUUAAUGCCAGAAUGGUUUAUAAUGAUAAGGUCGCUACUGAUGGCCCCAACCUGUGCAACAUGUUCGCUGAUUACUUCGCCUCAGUCUACGAUACUAAUGAUCCUCCCUACGCCAAUACGUAUGUACCUUCCAAUUCAGAAAACUCCCUCUGUCAUGUUAAUAUCACCGUGAAGGAAGUUAUUAUAAAAUUAAAAAGACUUGAUACGAGCAAGGGGGCUGGCCCAGACGAGCUCCCCCCAUUACUUAUUAACAAAUGUGCUUUCUCAUUAUCAAAGCCAGUCUGCAUGAUAUUUAACAAAUCAUUGUGCACUGGGUCAUUCCCGGAUUUAUGGAAACGAGCAAGGAUAGUGCCAAUCUACAAAAAGGGUGGUCGCGAUAACAUUACCAACUACAGGCCAAUUUCAAUAUUGUCAGCUCUGUCGAAGGUUUUCGAGUCUCUCGUGCACCCAAUACUCUCACGCCAUGUACUGCAUAUGCUUUCUGAGGCUCAGCACGGUUUUAUUAGUUCUAGAUCAACUGUCACAAAUUUAUCAAAUUUCAUAAAUUUCGUCACAGCCGCCGUGGAUUCUAGACUAGAAGUAGAUGCUAUUUACACCGAUCUCUCAAAGGCCUUCGACAGAGUUAAUCAUAAACUGUUAAUAAAAAAACUAUCGUCUUUUGGACUCGGUGGAUCGCUCCUAUCGUGGCUAUCAUCGUAUCUCGUCGAUAGAAAAUCUUAUGUAGCUAUAAAAGGAUACUCUUCCCAGUUAUAUAACGCCUUGUCAGGUGUCCCCCAGGGUUCUAUAUUGGGGCCACUUCUAUUCAACAUUUUUAUAAAUGACGUCACGGAUUGUAUACUUAAUUCUAAGUGUUUAAUCUUUGCGGAUGAUCUAAAACUAGUAAAGCAGAUUGUGAAAGAUAACGACGCUCUUUCCCUUCAGGAAGACGUAGAUAGAAUUGCUACAGUUCGUGCAACACCGGAGCCACGCCGGUCCCCAACGAUCACGGAACCGCCGCACCACGUCGAGUUCACCAAUGACACAGGCACGAUCCUAUCCUGCUCUACGAGAGGACAGUAUGAGCUGGAAUGGUUGUUCUCAGACAACAGCCCCGUAACGUCACUCGUAGGUCUACGGAGAGUGCUCCCUAACGGUUCUCUGGAGUUUCCGCCAUUUUCCUGGGAGCGCUACAGACGCGACGUCCACGCGUCCACGUAUAGGUGUAGACUGCGGAUAAGCGGCGGUUUUGUCAUUCUUUCUAAGAAUAUUCACGUUCAUGCGGUUCUGAAUAUACCGUGGGAGGUGCACGUGCCUGAUGAAUAUGUGAUGGCGGGCAACGCAGCUGUGCUGCGCUGCGUCGUACCCGCCCACUGCGCCGAGCGCGUCGAUGACACUGACUGGUUCACCGAUGAUGACACCAGUGUGUUCCAAUACUUAGGUUCGAAAUACUUUCGUUUGGACGACGGUUCACUCUACAUAAGCGCUGUGAAGCCCGGCGAGCGGUACACGGCUUUUCGGUGUCGAGUAAAGGAUCGAGUCACGGGAUCUUUGUAUUCUAGUCAAUAUUUUGGUCAUGUGAUAGUGACAGAGCCGAAGGGCGGCGUGCGGCCCCGCGUGGCCGUAGAGGCACGCUCACGCCGCGUGACCGUAGGCCGGGACAUACGUCUGCCCUGCGCAGCGCACGCUUGGCCUGUCCCUAGCUUCAGAUGGUUUCGCGAGCACCACGAACAGCUAAUACCAAUAGAGAAAACGGCACUCUGGCCUCGAGCGUCGGUAGUCGGUGGCUUGCUCAGCAUACAAAGGCUUCAACGAGAAGACGCAGGAAGAUUUAUCUGCUGGCUCAACAAUACAGCCGGGGGCGAAUCUGCACAUUUCACUAUCAUUGUUACAGAACCAAUCUCCGUCCGAAUAAAACCAGAAUUAAUACGAACAAAAUUUAAUGCCGACGUCAAUUUCGACUGCAAAGUGUCAGGGCAUCCCAUCGAAGUGGUGUAUUGGAUUCACGACGGUAAAGUCGUGAAAGACACAGACAGAGUGCGGAUAUCCAACGAUGGCUUAAGACUACAUAUCAAAAACUCACAACAGAACGAUCAAGGAGUAUACCAGUGCUUCGCGAGCAACACCAGAGAUCAGGCUUAUGGUGUAACGGAAUACAUUAUAGAUGCAUUAGAAAAAUCACGGAACCUCGGCAAUCGUUCGCGUCGCGCGCCCCUUGCGCGCAAUAGUCAUUCACAUGACAACGAUUGGAACUUUACUGGAAACAGAGAAUCAAAACCGGAGCUGGUGUACUGGUUCUCGGAACAGACUUUGCAACCGGGACCGAGUGUAUCUCUCAAAUGUGUUGCGAUGGGCCACCCGCCGCCGCAAUUCACUUGGCUAUUAGAUGGGUUUCCGAUUCCCACUAAUUCUAGGUUUGUAGUAGGUCAGCAUGUGACACUUCAAGACGACGUCGUCAGCCAUCUUAACGUGAGUAGAAUGACAGAACAAGAUGGCGGCGAGUACGCCUGUGUCGCCAGUAACUCGGCAGGACGUGCGGUGCACGCGGCCAGGGUGAAUGUUUAUGGACUACCGUAUAUUCGUGAAAUGCCCAAAGUAACGGCCGUCGCAGGCAGUGAUUUAAACAUAAAAUGCCCAGUUGCGGGCUAUCCAAUCGAAUCAAUUACUUGGGAAAGAGACGGUCAGACCCUUCCUUUAAAUCGACGACAAAAAGUAUUUCCGAAUGGAACAUUAAUAGUAGAACAAACGCAAAGAGGUGAAGAUGCCGGUACGUAUACCUGUCAAGCAGCCAACAGACAACGUCACGUUGCAAGGAGGGAUGUGGAAGUACAAAUAUUAGUGCAACCGAAGAUACUGCCCAUUCAACCGCUGACGAAUUUAUUGAGGGAGGGAAUGAGAGCGGCUAUUUCCUGUCAGAUAUUGGAAGGUGAUUUGCCAAUUGCAUUCCGAUGGGAGAAAAAUGGGCAGCCAGUGACGUCAUCGCCAUACGCUCCUAGCGGUAUAAUAACGCGGAGAAUGGACGAAUACAGCGCGUCGCUGGUAAUAGAACACAUAACAUCGCUUCACAGCGGAAAUUAUACGUGUAUCGCUUCGAACGUUGCAGGAUCUGAACGGUUUACAGUACCACUCACUGUAAAUGUUCCUCCUCGGUGGCGUCUGGAACCGUCCGAUGUAGCGGUGGCCGCGGGGCAGGAUGUUACUCUACAAUGCCAAGCUGAUGGUUAUCCAAAACCUAAUAUAACCUGGAAAAAGGCUGUUGGUAAUACACCGGGAGAAUACAAGGACUUCAUGUUCGAGGGCAGUUCUCGUGUUCUUGAAAACGGAUCGCUGGUGUUCGAAAGAGUAGCCAAAGACAGCGAAGGGCAUUAUUUGUGUGAAGCGAGAAAUGACAUCGGUGCGGGCUUGAGCAAGCUAAUCUUUCUGAAAGUUAAUGCUCCAGCGCGAUUCCCCAUGAAAAGUAAAACAGUGCAAGUCACUGCUGGUGAAGCUGCUCACUUGCAGUGUGCGGCUUCAGGGGAUGCUCCUUUAGAAGUCACCUGGAGAAGCCCCCACCAUCACACCAUUGCUCAUCACCUUGACCAACGCUACACAAUAAGGGAACAAGUGCUAGACGACGGUUUGGUGUCAGAAUUAAGUAUACUACAGACGUAUAGACAAGACACAGGGGCAUUAACCUGCAGAGCUUCUAACACGUACGGGCAGGAUGAGAUGCUAAUACACCUUGUGGUACAGGAGGUCCCCGAAAUGCCGAAGAAUAUAAGGAUCAUAGACCAACAAUCAAGAUCCAUACAAAUCUCUUGGACUCAACCAUACGCUGGAAACAGCCCUAUUAUCAAUUACAUCGUUCAAUAUAAAGAAGCACCAGAAUCAUGGCCAACAACACCACAAAAAGUGAUUGUACCGGGAAGCGUAACAUCUGCAAGUGUUCAGAAUCUACAGCCGGCCACUUCCUACCAUUUGCGAAUUAUCGCCGAAAACAGACUUGGACAGAGUGAACCGAGUCAGUUGGUACAAGUCACUACUACUGAAGAAGUGCCAAGUGGUCCACCUUUAGACGUACGCGUGGAAGCUAAAAGUUCAACCGAACUAACUGUGAGUUGGGAUCCGCCACAACGAGACCUUUGGAAUGGAAAUAUCCUCGGAUAUUACGUUGGUUUUCAAGAAUUGAACAGCAACAGCUCGGUGCUGAGCGCGAGCGGGCCGGGCGGCGCGUCGUACACGGUGCGCACGGUGGAGGGCGCGGGCGCCGCUCGAGCGCGCACAUCACUAGCUGGGUUGCAGAAGCACGCGCCCUACGCCGUCGUCGUGCAGGCGUACAACAGUCGCGGCGCCGGGCCCGCCUCGCCGCCCACCACUGCUACCACGAUGGAGGACGUGCCGAGCCUGCCGCCGGGCGCGCUGCAGUGCGCGGCGCUGAGCUCGCAGUCCGUGCGCGUGUCGUGGGAGCCGCCGCCGGCGCGCGGCCGCAACGGCGUCCUGCAGGGCUACCGCGUCACGUAUGCGCCUGUCACCGAUUGGUAUGGCAGCGAGGAGGCAGUAACGAAGCAAAUCUCGGGACUGCACACGACAUUGUCGGGACUUCGUCGCUACACCAAUUACUCGGUCACGGUGUGCGCCUUCACUGCAGCCGGUGACGGCGUCCGCGCUGCCCCCGUCUACUGUCACACCGAGGAGGACGUUCCAUCUGCACCGGCUGAUAUCAAAGCAGUUGUAUCAUCGCGAAAUAAAAUAUUAGUUUCAUGGCUUCCACCCGCUUCCCCCAAUGGUGUCUUAGUUGGAUAUACGCUUUAUAUGAGCGUUAUUGAAGACGGGAGAGAAGAAGGCACGCACAAACGCAUGCUAUCUCCAAGUACAUUGUCUCACGAAACGGCAAGGUCUCCUCCUCGCGCCACUCAUCAGUUCUGGGUUUCAGCUUCCACUCGCCUCGGUGAAGGAGAUGCUACAAGAGUUGUUACAGUAUUACCUUCAGAUAGCGUGCCAGCAAGAAUAACAUCGUUCAGUAGAAGUAUAGUGACACCUUGGAAGGAAAACAUAUCGUUAUCCUGCAACAAAGUUGGAAUACCCGUUCCUUCAACCACUUGGAGUAUGAAUGGUGCCAUACUAGAGUCAACGUUAAGAAAAAAUGUUACAAGUGAUGGAACCCUUGUUAUAAGUAUGACGCAGUACCUGGACAGCGGCAACUACACGUGCCUGGUGGAGAACGCGCACGGGCGCGACGAGGUGACGUACGGCGUGGAGGUGAAGGUGCCGCCGCAGCCGCCCGUGCUGGCCGUCGUCGACUCGUACGCCGACUCGCUGCACCUGCAGUGGAGCGACCAGGGCGACGGCGGCAGCCCUAUCCUCGGUUACGUGAUUAACUACAAACGGGAACAUGGAGAUUGGGAAGAAUUACAAGUAGAGGCUGGUACUUCGGAACACGUGCUGCCAAAUCUUUGGUGUGGGACACGCUACCAGCUCUACAUCACUGCGUUUAACCGCAUUGGCACUGGCCUACCCUGUGAUAUCGUCCAUGCGUAUACUAAAGGAACUGUUCCGGUGAAACCCAAACAUUCGCAGAUGAUAACAUUGAACACGACGACUGUGACGGUGUGGUUGGAUUCUUGGGGUGACGGUGGUUGCGGCAUACUUUACUUCGUUAUUGAGUACAGAGAAAUAAGUCAAUCACAGUGGCGACUUGUAUCAAACAGCGUGCAAGCAACCGAGCGCGUGUUCAGCGUGACGGGGCUGGCGGCUGCCACGCACUACCAGCUGCGCAUAACGGCACACAAUAACGCAGGACAUGCGCUUGCGCUCUACAACUUCACAACACACUCGCUCUCCGGAAUGCUGGAGGGCGAGGCGCCGCCCGCGCCGGCGGCGGGCCCGCGCUCGCUGGGCGGCGCGCGCGUGCUGCUGCCGGCCGCGCUGGCGCUGCUCGUGCUCGCCGCGCUCGUCGCCAUCGUGCUGCUCGUGCGCAGGAACAAAGCCGGGCCCGCGGAGACGGCGGCGCCGGAAAGCGCAGUGGGCGAGUCGCCGUCCGUGGCGCAGCUGCAGAACAAAGCGAACCGCGACCAGCAGUACCUCGCCGCGCGCGCGCCGCACCCCGCGCCGCCGCACCACUACAAGCACGCCUCCAACGAAUAUAUCGAAGACAUCUGUCCGUACGCAACGUUCCAGUUGACAAAACCAAGCGCGUACAGUGAAAGCAGUUACAGCGGCAACGUGUACAGCGGUCCCUACCAUUCCGUGAGAGGCUCAUUCGUGUAUCACGACUUGAAGCAAAAUGAUAAGUAUAAGGGAAAGGAACCGGAAUACACGAAAGUACGAAGAAAAGGAAACAGGCUCCGAGAUCCUCAUUCAGAAAGCCAAGAGUCGGACAACUUGGGCUCGACGGACUCGGAGGUGAAGAAGAUACUAACGCUGCACCUGCCCAUUACAGAGUACGAGGACGACGCCAGCGACGACGCGAGCGCGCUGCACUCCGACAGCGAGCCCGGCGCGCGGCUGCGGCCCGCGCACCCCACCGCCUACCCAAGCGUCGAACGGGAAGAGUCGUCGUCGUCCUCGGAGAACUCCGGCGGUGGUGUGGUGCGCAAGGCGUUCCCGUCGCGCAAGGGCAAGGCGGGCGCGCUCGGCAAGCGGCACGUGCGCUCGUCCAGCGGGUACAGCAGCCACAACGACGAGACCACCUUCAGUAUAUCGAACUACCCGUCGUUCAACGAGCACAUCCACCCUCCGUCGCGGUUUUCAGACGACACCGAGUGCGAGCUCCCCCGCCGCAAGCGCGCUCCGCUCGCCGACCACAGGACGCGCGAAGCCUUCCAGAUUAACGUGUGA